AACUCCUACAACAUUCAGAACAUUACAACGCUAAUAUAAGGAGGUUCAACUCCAUGUUUGCAAUGACUUCUAUGGGAGGAAAUGUUGAUGUCCAUGCUAAUGAAGGACAAGGCCCUUACAUCUUUCGAUUGAAUGGGCAAAACCACCACAGAAUUGGGUCGUUACUUCCAGUUGUUGGAAAACACCCAUCUUUUGCACAGCUGUAUAUACACGACACAAAAAAAGAGAUUCAUUACAGACAAAGUGCUUUGCCUGGACAGGAAUCAGAAUAUGACCUUGACAUUGCUAUAGUUCAAAUAUUAUUGAAGAUGCUUGAUGAGAACAACGUCUUGGUAAAGACAUUCCGUAUGGCAAGGGAUAGGUUCAAGGACUCUGAUAUGCACAAUGUACGCUUGCGAUUAAUUGGAUCGCGAUCAAGUGAUGGUAGGGAACAAAACAUGCCCACUUGCUCUGAAGUUGCUGCUAUAAUUGUAGGUGAUUUGAGCGAUGAAAAUAUCCAUCGUGAUAUUAUUGUUGAGAAAAGAAGUGGAUUGUAACAACGAAUAAAUGAGCUACACCCAAAAUUCAUGGCCUUGCAAUAUCCAUUGUUAUUUCCGUAUGGUGAGGAUGGAUUUCGAAAUGAAAUACUUAAAAAAGGUCUUGGUGGUGUUGUGCCUUUGACAGAAGAAUAUGUCACUAUGCAAGAAUAUUAUGCAUAUCAAUUACAACAACGUGAGAGUGAAGGUGAAACAUUGAUUCUUGGUCGUAGGUUGCGACAACAAUUUUUAGUAGAUGCUUACACAUGUGUUGAGGAGUACCGACUAAUUUGGGUCAGGAAUCAUCAACUUCAACUGAGAUCAGAGGUGUACUUUGGAAUAAAGGAUGCUGUAUUUAGAGGAGACACUACUCCUUCAUCUGUUGGGAAAAGAGUUGUUCUUCCUUCAAGCUUUACUGGAAGCCCUAGAUAUAUGAUUCAAAAUUAUCAAGAUGCUAUGUCAAUUUGUAGAUGGGCUGGGUACCCAGAUUUGUUUAUAACUUUCACAUGCAAUCCUAAAUGGCCAGAAAUUGAAAGUUUCCUUUCCUUAAUUCCAGCUCAACGGCCUGAAGAUAGACCGGAUAUUAUUGCAAGAGUUUUUAAGAUCAAAUUGGAUCAACUACUACGUGAUUUAAAACAUGGCAAGCAUUUUGGAAAAGUAAUUGCAGUUAACUACACAGUUGAAUGGCAAAAAAGAGGCCUCCCCCAUGCUCAUAUUCUUUUGUACCUAUACCCAGAUGACAAACACCCCAUGCCUGCGGAUAUAAACAAGAUAAUUUCUGCUGAAAUACCAGAUAAGAUUACAAAUCCAGGGGAUUAUGAAGUCAUUUCACAAUACAUGAUUCAUGGACCUUGUGGUUUUGCCAACCCAAAAUCUCCAUGCAUGGUUGACAAUAAAUGUAGGAAGCAUUUUCCAAAAAAGUUUUAUAGUGACACUGUGAUAGAUGAAGAUGGUUACGCAAUUUAUAGGAGAAGAGAUAAUGGGAUGACAGUUGAGAAGAAUGGUGUUAUGCUUGAUAACAGAUUUGUGGUGCCAUACAACAUUGACCUGUUAGUUAAAUACCAAGCUCACAUUAAUGUUGAGUGGUGCAACCGUUCCAAGUCCAUCAAAUACUUAUUCAAAGAGCCUGAUGUACAGAGAUUAAGCUUCCAUAUUGAGAAUGAGCAGAAUGUUACAUUCAAAGAUUCAGACUACUUGGAUAAUGUUUUGGAAAGACCAGAUAUAACAAAAACAAUGUUCACUGAAUGGAUGAAGGCAAACGAAAUGUAUGAUACAGCAAGGAAUUUGACAUAUUGUGAUUUCCCUACGAAAUGGGUUUGGCAUAGAAAACAAAGAGAAUGGCGCCCAGGGAAAUCUGGCCGAUGUAUAGGGAGGAUAUUUCAUGCUCAUCCUGCAAGUGGUGACCGCUUCUAUCUUCGAAUGCUCCUUAAUGUGGUCAAAGGUGCAAGGUCUUUUGAGGAAAUUAGGACUAUUGAUCAUGUUGUGUAUCCAACAUAUAGAGCAGCAUGCUAUGCUCAUGGCCUUUUAGAUGAUGACAAGGAAUGGGAUGAUGCUAUCAAAGAAGCCUUUAAUUGGGCUUCAGGAAGGCAGCUACGAGAAUUGUUUGCAACGCUAUUGUUAUUUUGUGAAGUGACAAACCCACAUGCACUAUGGAUGGCUAAUUGGGAGUUGUUGUCUGAUGAUAUACUAUAUAGGCAAAAGUGUCUCCUAAUGUAUGACAACUUACAUUUGACAGAAGAACAAAUACAGAACCAUGCUCUUUUUGAAAUUGAACAAAUAUUAGUAAAAAGUGGAAGAUCUCUGAAAGAAUUUGAUGGCAUCAAAUAUCCAAAUGUGUCGACAAUUAGAGAAAACAACAACCGAUUGUUACAAGAAGAGUUGGAUUUUGAUAGGCUUGAAUUGGCUGCAGAACAUAAAAAACUUUUAAAUGAGUUAAAUGCUGACCAAAGAAAAAUAUAUGAUGCUGUAAUUCAAGAUGUGGCAUGCAAUAGCGGUGGUUUAUACUUUGUCUAUGGUCAUGGAGGAACUGGUAAAACAUAUCUUUGGAAAACAUUAAUUGCUUGCCUCCGUUCACAAGGGAAAAUUGUGCUUGCUGUAGCUUCUUCUGGCAUAGCAGCUUUGCUACUCCCUGGUGGUAGGACUGCUCACUCUAGAUUUCAAAUCCCUAUCAUUGUGACAGAGGAAUCAACUUGUGGUAUAAAACAAGGAACACAUGCUGCUGAGUUAAUGACAAAGGUGAGUCUUAUUAUAUGGGAUGAAGCACCUAUGGCACAUCGUAAUUGUUUUGAGGCUGUAGACCGUUCAUUGAGAGAUCUACUUCGAUUUACCGACAAAAAUAGUGUCGAUAAAACUUUUGGAGGAAAGACAGUUGUAUUGGGUGGUGAUUUUCGACAAAUACUGCCAGUUAUUGCUAAAGGCCAUAGAGAAGAUAUUGUUGAUGCAUCAGUGAAUAGAUCUUAUUUAUGGAACUUUUGCAAGGUAUUUGUACUAACACAGAAUAUGCGUCUCCAACAACCUAAUGCUGAUUCCAACAACUUUGCAGAAUGGAUACUCAAAUUAGGUAACGAAGAGCUUGGUGAAGUUGACAGCCAAUCAAAUAUAGUCAUACCCUCUGACCUAUUAAUUGAUGUUGGACAUGAUCCAAUACAAAGCAUUGUGACUGCAACAUAUCCAAAUCUUCACAGCAACUAUGCAGAUGGAAAAUACUUGGAAGAGCGAUCUAUUCUAGCUCCAACAAAUGAUAUAGUCAAUGAAAUAAAUGACUAUAUCAUAGACUUGCUUGCUUCAAAUGAGGAGACAUAUCUCAGUGCAGAUUCAAUUUGUAAGGCUUCAAGAUACAUUCAGAAUGAAGACGUGCUUUACCCAGUUGAAUUCUUAAACUCCUUGAAAUUCCCUAGCAUACCAAAUCACAGACUACGUCUUAAAGUUGGUCUUCCAGUAAUGUUGCUCCGAAACAUUAAUCAAUCAGCUGGCCUAUGCAAUGGGACUCGAUUAGUAGUUACUCAAUUAUCCAAAUGGGUGAUCGAAGCUAAAGUUAUAAUUGGAUCACAUGUGGGAAACAAAGUCUUCAUCCCAAGAAUAGUACUCUCUCCAUCAAACACAAAAUGGCCGUUUGUUUUAAAAAGAAGACAAUUCCCAAUUUCUGUUUGCUUUGCCAUGACUAUAAACAAGAGCCAAGGACAAUCACUAAAACAUGUUGGACUUUUCUUGCCUAAACCAGUUUUCAGUCAUGGGCAAUUAUACGUUGCUGUUUCUAGAGUUACUACUAGGAAUGGUCUUAAACUCUUGAUAAUUGGUGAUGAUGGCAAAACCUCUUCAACGACUAAAAAUAUAGUCUAUAAAGAGGUCUUUAGAAAUAUACAAAUAAAUAUGUGA